CUCAUUGCUACAACGGAUUGCCAAAAUGCAAUUUCAAAAAAUGCCGCCAUCAGAACGAGACACAUGCAUGCCUUCGAUAAGUGCUCCAAAUUGUGGAAAAAAGCGGGAAAACCAAAAUCGAGUGAAAUAAUUUUGGAAGUGUUGAACCACACUCUCAGUUAUCCUGGCCAAACUCGAUGGAAUUCUUAUUUUGAUUCCAUUAGUCAGAUUUUGAAGGAAAAACACAAACUUCCAACACUUUUUCAACGACUGGAUCUUGUUGGUUUCAAAGAAACGGAAGUGCAAUAUCUUGAAGAAUAUGUAAUGGUUAUGUCUCCAUUAGCGGCUACACUUGAUUUCCUUCAAGGUCAAAAUAUGAACUACUAUGGUUACCUACUGCCAAGCAUCAUUUCGUUAAAAAAUAAGCUGGAAAAACUGACUGUAGAAAACUUUAGUUACGGCGGACAAGUACUGCUAGAAGCAAUUCUAAAAGGAAUUAAUAAACGAUUUUUAAGCAUUUUAACAUUACAUGAGAGAGAUGCCGUUUUCGCAGCAGUCUUGUGCCCACAAUUUAAGUUAAGGUGGUUUCAAUGUAUUUCCAGCUCCAAUUGCACUAUAGAAAAUAUUAAACACGAUAUAGUGAAAACUGGAAGCAGAGAAUUAUCAUGUCGUGACGACUUCGACGAAAAAUCAUCUCCACCAUUGGCACCAUUAGAAGUCGAUGACAACUUUUUUGAUUUUAACGACAACAAUGAGAAUGAGGAAACUGUAUCAACCAAAGUAAAAAAUAAUCAUAAACUUGAAUUAGAGUUGAUUAAAUAUCUGGAUGAUAAGAGAAAAAAUUUUGAAAUGCUGAAUGAUUAUCCACUGCUAAAAAAAUUAUCUUUAAAAUUUAAUACAUGCUUACCUUCUUCUGCUGCCGUUGAGAGAAUGUUCUCCUUCGCUUCAAUUGUAAAUAGCCCUCGCCGUAAUGCGCUGUCUGAUGACAAUUUUGAAAUGCUUGUGUUAUUAAAAGCGAAUUAUACCUACCAAUAA